GUCGGUUGUAAAAAGCGUGGGGAUGUUCGCACUUGGAAUAACCAUCGCCAAAGAAUGCGUGGGAAUGGAGCUCCUUCCCAGUGCAAAUUAACGUUUCGUUAAAUACACACAUAGAAAAUGAAUGAUUUUUUUUUCGAUUGAAAUAAACCUUUAAAUUAUUUAGUUAUUAAAAAAUGUUGGGUUUUAUUGUAUUUUGUGGCCUCCUUUUAUCGAUUGAGUGCGGUGAUCCUAAUUUUGUGUUUAUUCUCACCGAUGAUCAAGAUUUAUUAUUAAACGGAUUAUUACCAAUGAGAAGUACCCGAAAAUUAGUUGCCGAUGAAGGAAUUACGUUCACAAAUGCGUUUGUGAAUACCCCAAUUUGUUGUCCAAGUCGCAGCACUAUUUUAACUGGAAAAUACAUACAUAACCUGCAAGUUUUUAAUAAUUCUUUAUCGGGGAAUUGCGCAAGUAAUUUUUGGCAAAAAAAACAUGAAAAACACUCAGUUGCGAAUUUAUUAAAAACAAAUAAAAAUUAUACUACGUUUUACGCCGGGAAAUACUUAAAUCAAUACGGAAAUGACCGCUCCGGGGGGUUAAAACAUGUUCCUGUUGGUUAUGAUUGGUGGAUUGGAUUAAAAGGGAACUCUGUUUAUUAUAAUUAUUCUUUAUCGAUAAAUGGGACGAAGAAAUCGUUUCGGGAUGAAUACCUAACGGAUGUUUUAUCGGAUUAUUCGAUUGAAUUUUUAAAUCAACGAAAAGACCCCUUUUUUAUGAUGAUAGCCCCCCCAGCUUGCCACAGCCCAUUCCAACCAGCCCCACGUCAUAUCGGAGCUUUUAAAGGAACGAAAGCUUUAAAAACGCCUAAUUUUAAUUACUCAUCUCACGAUAAACAUUGGAUCGUUGAAAUGAACCCGAAUUAUUUACCGACGAAUAUAACAAGUUUAGAUCGAAUUCAACAACUCAGAAUGGAAACUUUGUUAUCCGUUGAUGAAAUGGUUGAGCGGCUAAUAAAAAAAUUAAUUGAUUUAAAAAUUUUAAACGAAACUUACAUCAUUUUUACCUCAGAUAAUGGUUUUCAUAUCGGGCAGUUUACUCAACCUUGGGAUAAGAGGCAACCGUACGAAACGGAUGUUAAAGUCCCCUUUUUCAUUAAAGGGCCCAAAAUUCGAUCGAAAUCUUUGGAAAAUCGACCGAUUUCGACCAUCGAUGUGUUACCAACGAUUUUAGAUUUAGCCUCGAUCGAAAUUCCGGGAGAUAUCGAUGGAGUUUCGUUUAAACAAUAUUUAUUUAACCCUGGCGAUUCUAAAAAGCCUUUUUUUGAUGAUAAAAAUAUGAAUGAUUACGUUUUUUUGGAGUAUUUCGGCGAAGGAGGAGAAAGUGUUGAUGAAAAUUGUUUCAUUUCAUCGCCGAGAGAUGUCGCUGAGUGUUCGUUGGAAAAUUGGUGUAAAUGUCAAGAUUCGAAAAAUAAUACUUUUACUUGCGUUAAGAUUUUUGGGAAAUACGAGGAUUUUAAAUAUUGUCAGUUUAAAGAUGAUUUGGGGUUUAUUGAAGCUUACGAUUUAAUGCUAGAUCCUUAUGAACUUAAAAAUGUUUAUACUCAACUUAAAACGGAUCAAAUUAAUUAUUACAAUCACCUUUUAAAUCGAUUCAAAAAUAAAAUAAAUUAGUUAUUUAACACCACAUAUUCUUUCCUUUUCAACCCUACUCAUUCCAGAUCUAACCUGAUAGGUUGGCGAUCUGCUUGUGUAGUUGUAGCUGUAAUCACUAUCUGUACCCUACAAAGAUGGGAAGACACUUGAAAACAUGGAGAAUCCCGGGAAUAGAGGAGGCCAAUCAAAUUAAUCACGCCCGUUGUAUCGAUCAAAUAUACAUAAGAGAAGAGCAAGAGAUCGAAAAUAAUGGCAGUUAGACAAAUUCGGUGAUACUUUAAUCAAGAGCAUGUGUUGUAAAGAAUAAGAGAGUGACCCUUUUUACGUUUUUCACUCUUUUAUUAAUUAAUCCUCUAGUGAAGGAAAAUCCAGGGGAAUCCCUGGAAAUUUUAGCUACUGAUAUUAAAAGCUCUCUGCUUGAACUCUUGGAAAAGGCACCAUGCUACCAUGCCAUUGCACUUGACGAAUCAUGUGAUGUUGUUGAUGAUGAACAAAUAGCUAUUUUCGUGAGAUUUUUCGACGUUGAAAAUAAGAUAUUCAGAGAAGAAUUGCUCGCAAUAUUGCCUUUGAAAGGUAACACUCGAGGAGAAGAUUUAUUCAAAGCUAUUGACAAAUUCAUUAAUAAUUCCAACAUUCGUUAUGAUAAAAUAGUGUCGCUGUCAACUGACGGUGCCCCAGCGAUGAUUGGCAAAGAAAAAGGUGUAGUAAAGAAAAUCAGGGAUAAGAAUCCAGGUCUAAUAUCGUAUCAGUGUAUAAUUCAUCAGACUGCCCUUUGUGGAAAACUCAGUGCUACACUGAAAGAAGUAAUGGACAGCUUGGUGCAGUUAAUUAAUUUUAUGAGAUCUCAUUCUUCUCUUCAACACCGAAAGUUCAAGAAGUUUCUUUCAGAAUGUGAUGCAGUGUAUUCUGACUUAUUA